GGCGACAAUGGCGGGCGCGGCUGCGGGCGGCGCUGCGGCAGCGGGGCUCUCCCGGGGCCGUGCUUCGCCAGGAUGUUACCGGUAGAUAACAGACUUCUAAACUUACAGAUCUACAAACUUCUUCAGUGCGUUCAUCAGAAAGACAAGAAGCAAAUACAAAAGCUGGUCCAGAAUGGAUUGCCCAAUCUCAUUAAUGCCACAGAUCCCAUGGAAGGAUGUAGUGCCCUUCAUUUGGCUUGCAUUGAAAAUGACACUGAUAUGUGCAGGUUCUUGCUGGAACAGGGAGCUCAUCCAAAUGUCCAGGACAAAAUGGGAUGUACUCCAGCAAUGAAGGCAGCUGAGCUAGGCCAUGAGUUGGUUUUGGAUAUACUAGCAGAAGCUAAAGCAGAUAUGACUGCUGUGGAUAAUGAAGGGAAAGGUAUUUUGUUUUACUGCCUUUUACCUACAAGGCGGCACUACCACUGCACACAGAUUGCUUUGGAUAAUGGUGCAGAUGCUAACAACUGUGCUGCUGAUGGGAAGCCUGUGUUUCUACAAGCUUGUGAAGAAGCUCACGAAAUUAAAGAAAUAUGUCUGAAUUUCUUGGAAAGAGGAGCAAAUCCCAAUGCGAGAAACCCAGCUACAGGCCGCACAGCCCUAAUGGAAGCUGCAAGAGAAGGUGUUCUUGAGCUGGUGCGUGGGCUGCUUGAGAGAGGAGUUGAUGUUAAUCUGUUUGAUCUUGAAAGACACAGUGCUGCACAUUUUGCUGCCAAAGGAGGCUUUUUUGAGAUUCUGCAGAUAAUUUCAGCUUAUAAUGGAGACUUGGGACUGAUUGCUAUGAAUGGUAACACGCCACUUCAUUAUGCUGCAGAGGGAGGAUUUGCAAACUGCUGCAAGUUUAUAGGACAAAGAGGCUGUGAUCCUACAUGGAAGAACUUGUUAACAAAGACGCCAAGAGCUGUUGCCAAGGAAGGUGGUUUUAAAGCAGCAGCAGCAGAAUUGCGUAAAAUUGAAAAUGCCUUUAAAAAGCAGUCCAAGCCUGAAGCUAAAGAGGACAACCCACGCUGGGCAAUGAGGCUCUAUGACUGGUCCUUAGAGCACCAGGCUGCCCUCCGCAAGGCAUUUGAGGCUGUCGACCAGGGAGAUGGGACAGUAACUAAAGAGGAUUUUAUAGCAGUUAUCCAGAAGAAUUGUGCCUUUGUGGACGUUGAACAAAUAGAAACCGUUGCUGAAAUGCAUGAAAGUUCUCACCCUGAGGGAAUUGAAGUUGACAAAUUCUUCAAAGGGUCUGUCUACCUGCAGAAAAGCUGUCUUAUAACGGCCUUUGCUCCCAAAGGGAAGAAGAAGAAGAAAGGGAAGAAACAAAGAGGCAAAAAAGGCACUGCCUUGCCCAUUUGUGUUGUUCCAGAAAGCACAUGUCCACGUAGGGAAGAUGGCUUCCCAGUGUACAUGAUUGAGGCUGUUCAGGACACUGCUGAUAGCUACCAUUUUAACCAAGACCACCCAUCUGUACAUCCUGUGCAUGAUGACCGUGCGUGGUACAUAGAUGAGCCAAGGAAAAUGUACAUGAAUAUUAACUACCUCGUUAGAGCAGGAGACAUCCUGUCUCUACAGAAAGCAUUUGAGGAGGGUGUGCCAGUAGACAUAAAAGAUAAAUAUUACAAAACACCUUUGAUGGCUGCAUGUGCAAGUGGGAACAGAGAAAUUGUGCAGUAUCUUCUGGAAAAGGGGGCUGAAGUAAAUGCAACAGACAAUUUCAUGUGGACUCCCCUCCACCAUGCUUGCUACAAUGGACACUUAGAUAUUGCUGAACUGUUAGUAAAGGCUGGAGCAGCUGUGGAUGCACCUGCAGCAGGCAAUGCAACCCCACUAAUGAGAGCCAUCGAAAUCUGCAGAUUGGAUAUAGUCUAUUUUCUAAUCAGUGCAGGUGCUGACAUCCAAGUGGUCAACAGCAAUGGACAGAAUGCCCUGGAUAUUGCUCAAGCCUUUGCAGAUUCUAGAAUAAUUGAGCUGCUACAAAAUGAACUGGAAAAUUUGCCACAAUUACCAGAGAAAAAAGAUGCUGAGAAAGUAAAAGAGCCUUCAAAGAUUCUUCUGACAGAUGUAGAGAAGUUCAUUCUUGAAAAGACCACAGCUUCUCUUAAGGACAGUGUUAUUUAUCUGCACUCUCUGAUAACCAGUGGUGCUACCAAGAGGGAUGACAUCACAUUCAAACCCAGAAAAGUUUGGGGCCCUGAAGCCGCAACAGAGGAGAUCGUAAGGAAGCAGGAGCUGCUGCAUGAACGCCUAACUCUUGGUGGCCAUGCAGGAAUCUCCGUGAAGCCUUUUGAUAGAAAAAGUACAGAAUAAGCACACCAGCUGGCAGAAGCUAUUGAGCACAUACGUUGAAGGGACACAGAUUUAAAGGGCAGAUUCUCUGUCAGGAACAAUAUAUCUCUGUGAUGAUAAAAAUUUGUAUCAAGUGUUUCCUCUAGAUUAUGCUGCUUCCACAGAGUCUUUUGUGAAGGGCUUAGUAUGGGGAAAUGUUCCUCCUUGUGUGAUUCUAAGUCUUGGAAUGGGCUCAAGUGUACUUCAGGGAAUGGCCACUGUUGUGACACACACAUGUCCUUUGGCAUUGUAAAGGUAAAGCUUUUGAGGCUAUUCUGUACCCCAAGAUAGAGCUCCUUCCUGGGAGGUCUAAGUGUUACCCUUUCUACUAAAAGGGUAUUAAGUAUAAAGAUAUGAAGAUUUGUGUGUUAGGACCAGGGUGGGUCCUAAGAUGGGUUCUGCUUGGCAGCACAAAGGUGAGUCUAAUUUGGAGCUUCCAGAAGGCAGUAACAGGUGAUAACUUUUGGGUAAGCAGAGGCUGGAAAUACUAACAACACUUAGCUGAGAGAGGCAUGAAGUGAGAGGGAAUGCCAUAAAAUAUAUCUGAAGAAGCAAAACGCAGAGGGAAGUGUGCUGAAACUUGCUGUCUUUCACAGGAUACAACAACAUACAGACUACAGAAAAAAGGAGAAAACAGGACACAUAAGUACUGCACAAGGUGUAAAUAGCCUGUGGAACCCUCAGCCCCAUUAUCCUUGGACACUUAAAAAUAUUUACAUAGAUUAUGAGAAGUGUCUAGUUAGCUAAUGCAGAAGGGAUUAAAAUCCCUUGUGUUUCAGGACCUCAGCUAAUCACUGUUGGCAUAGGAUAGAGAUUCCUAGCAAUGCUGUUCUCUGCCUGUGUGGCUGUUUGAGCUGAUUUUCUGGCUCAGACAUAGGGCAGAGGUGAACAUUCCAUGGGUAGGCCAUAUAGUGGCAACAAUAGAUAAGUUAAUACAAUUUCACUGAAGCGUCAAGAGCUUUAUGUCUGGAAGCACAGCUUGUUCUUUCCCCUUGCUGGCUUCUGCUGCUUGAGCUGCGCCUGCCUGCUAUCUUCCCCAGCUGCUGUUUUGGCUGCUGCUGCUUUUGCUGCUUCACCACCACUUGACCCCUUCCCCAUCUCCCUUAAAGUUAUUAUAUUUUUUAAUCUAGUAGUUUAUUUCUCUUUAUACUGUUAUACUUACACGAUAAGAAAUACAAUUUCAUCUUUCCCUGAGUUUAAAAAAAAAAAUCUGUGCUGUGGUGAGUUUAUUUCUCCCCAGGGGAGGGAUCCACCCUAACCUGGGACAGCCUGAUUCUCUGGUGUGGUGAUGUGUGUGUCCCUUAGAAGAGAACACACUGACUUAGACAGACACUGUUGAUUGAAUCAACUUCUGGUUUGCUAGUACCCAUUCUUCAAAUUCAUUUUAAUGUUGUGUGAGAUUUAAGAGCUGUCUGGCUCAAGAGCACAGCUACUGCUAGCUUUGGGGUUUUUUUCAAACAUACUCUUCUCUUUCUAACUGUAAGUCUUGAACUCCAGAAUGGGUUCUUUCCUCCUGGUUCAUCAUUUCUUGUAAUAAGAACCAGCUUUUGUCCUUGCUGAUGUGCGCGAUAGAGCAUUGCCAUGCCUGGAUUUGCCUGGGUAUGAACAGGCAGAGCGGCUGUUGGAGAAAACCUGCGCGCUCACGUUCUUGAAGACACUGUCUCUGCCUGCAUGAUGCUGCGUGCAGCAAUCCCUAUUUAACUCAAGAUACACAUCCAAAUGGAAGUGUGAUACUUAGUAGAUAGCCAAGAGAAAUGCAAAGCAAGCAGAUAUAUCUAGUGAGAUACUGUUUGCAAAUACCAGUACUGUGAUUCUGUGAUCAUAUUUUUUGUGUGAUUGUGGUUGUGCAUGAGUACUUUAUGACAAGUUGCUUACACUGAGAAAAUGUCCUGGUAUUUUUAGCAUUUUAAUGGUUCAGGAUAAAGAAGACUUCAGAGGCAAGUAAGAUACCAUUUCAAAUUUCAGGUGUCUUGGAAUUCUUAAUAUGAGCACAUCAUCUUUGCCUGCUGACAGCAAAAAACUUUUGCUGGCUGCAGAUGAUUGUAAAUAACAAAGUAAUAGUGUUAAAGUUGCUGAGUAACCUUUGAAACAGGUUUGGUGGUAUUUUUUUGUGAGGUUUGGUUUUUUUUGUGGUGAUUUUGCUGU